CUGUAAACAAAUACCAAAACAUUCUGAAGCAUCUCGCUGGUCUGAUGACUCUUUACAGCAAUGAAAGUUCCCCGACUCUGAGCGAGGAAGUUGUCAAGCUUCUCGUUCAGAGCGGGAUAGACAGCGAAGAACUCUGGUUGGAUAUCCUGUCGGAGGUGAAGUGUGACGCCACGACCGUCCAGUAUAUUGCUAAAAACCUCGAGGAGUAUCUGUGCGGCGAGCUGACUAUUGAGGACGCCAAGGUGCGACCCUUUUCUUUCCUCAUUCCUCACGCGCGCCCUUCCUGCGUCUACGUUGACAUCGCAGAUUCCGGCCAGAGGUUGCCUUACCUCCCUAACCUCCUGGAAGCCACGGCGACGGUUCACUGCAAGGCGGCGGUGUGUCUGCGGCACUUCUUCCUUCAUCCCGAGGAAGGGUCUUGCGAUGCCUUCUUGCAGCCAUUCAGGAAACCUACUGACCAGACUAAGUGUCGCAUGUUCGCCUUCCUUGGAACAGUGCAAGAUGCCUCGUUAUUGCCACCCACCUUGGAACAACUGUACCUGGCUGUGGCAGACGCGGAUCAGGCUGCCAUUUUGGCCGACGUUUUUACACCCACGCGCCUACCGUGCCUUAUCAAACUUGGCGUACACGCUAUGCCCGGGGUGCCAGCGUCGUGUUUGCAGCCUCUUCCUACCUUGAAAUGCUCUCCCACACUCUACCUCUCGGGCGUCGACGACAACGAGGUCCAGUGGGCGUGUGAGGUGGCCAGAGCAUUGCAGCCUCCAGGAGAUUCAUUCCACUCCAUCAUGUUCCCUUGGAGCAACAUGACGACAAAGGGCUGGAAGAGGCUGAUCCUCGGCCUCCAGCACAAGGGCGUGAAAGUGGCACACACCUGCAGCGUCCACCUGGCAGCCCUCAGGAGAGUCCAGCCCCAGCAGGAGGAGCUGCAGGAACUCACGCGGCUGCAUCUCGAGUGUGGCUUUAGCAUCGAGAGUGAAACCAACAUCUGGCCGAUAGUGACAUGAAGUCUUUGACGACGUGAAAAUGUCUGGAAACGAAGAAGAGAUGCUAUGCCCUGAAAAAGAGGAUGUACGCAGUGAUGCCAAACAUAAUGCCCAGGGUGAUGUCAGACAGAACAAGAGGAUGGUUACAGUGAUGCCAGAACAGAAGAGUACGUGCGGUGGUGUCAAAUUAUAUACUGCUAUUGUCAGAUUACAUUUGCCAAGGUGCCGUCACGAGAUAGCCACUGAUGCCAGAAUAAGGGGAUACCUGUGAGAUUCCCAGAUUAUGAGGAUAGUCAAAUUAAUGUCAAUUUGUACUAAAUAAUCAUGCCACAAAGGUGAAAAAGUACGAGGACGAAAAUCCUCCACAGACACAAAAACAUGAAGAUGCUUGCCAGAUGCCGAAAUUUGCCCGUGGAUACUAAAAUACUCGAAAGAUGUCCGUAAUGGUGACAAAAUAAGGGCGAUAGUGAUAUAUUUAUAAUCUAAUGACACCAAAACAAGUGGAGACUUCUUGGAUUGCCAAAACGAAAAGAUACUCUUCAAUGAUGUCACUAUAACAGACGUACGUUGAUGUCAGAGGAAGAUAACAUCUACUACUUAUGCCAGAAAAAAAUAAUACUCGUAACAGUGCCACAAAAAAACAGCAAUCAUUAAGAAGAACAGAACAAAACACUUGGAUUUGAGAACUGGAUAGUGGAUAUGCCAGAAUUAGAAAUAGCCGCAGAUGUGCCAGAUCUGUAAUGAUGCAAGAACCUCCCGCUAUCAAUUUAUGAACACAGGUAAAACAAAACCUGUGUUGAUUUUAGGUAACACGUAUACCGAUUUGUAUGGAUGCUUUUACAAGUAGCUAACUACUAAACUGCAUCAACAAAAUAUAUACAAAGAUGCCAGAAGUUAAUGCCAAAACAAGGGAAUUUCCUCAAGCAUAACAGAACAAGAGAACACCCACAGUGAUGCCAGGACAAUACACUAUGGUUUCGGAAUAACAAGUGGGUAUCCAUGAUCAUGCCAGAAUAAUUGAAUACCUACAUAAAUGUAUAACCACAAGUUUACCAGAACAAGAUAAUACCAGCAAUGAAACGAAGAGCGAGACACUUCAAUAAUUUUGCCAGAAUUAGUGAUUAACCACAAAUGUCUAAAGCAGAAUCUGCCCAAAAUGAAACCUGAAGCAAAUGAACAAAGUCGGUAAUAACGGUAUUCUUAAUGGUUACAGUUUAAUGGUAACAGUUAAAACAAAUAAAUGUGUUAAGCAUUUAGUAGCGAAAAGGGGUUAGGAAUAAGUUGAUGAGUAGGUUAGAGUAAGAGAUUGAACAGAAGAAGAGGAGCACUAUGAUAGAUUAUUGAAGCGUAAAGGGUAAAAAUGAGUUAAAGAUUAGGAUAAAUGGACAGAAGGGAAUGAAGAGACGGAAAAGGAAAUAGAGAAGAAAAGACCAUUAGUUGAGGCGAGGUCUGAGAUCCAAGCAAACCUCUCUCUGAUGAUAAUAAUAACAUGAACAUCGGUGAAACAACAGCUGUGUUGAUCAUAGAUAACGUGUAUUCCAAUUUGUAUGGAUGUAAUUUUUUCUUGAACUGUGAAAAUUCAGCUGCACUGAAGUUGUUUUAUAUUUUCUAGAAUCUCAAUGGAUGGACAUGAGUAUAUUUGUUUUUGCCUCGUGAUUAGUUAAAUUAUAUUUAAUUUCUUAAGUGUUAUCAGCACCAGGAUUAGUCAUGUAGAUUAUAAAGAGAUAUUAGUAAAAAAAUAUCUGUGAAGUUGUACUAGUUAUGAAAUUUUAAGUAAUAUUUUUAAAUAUUUUAAUAUGCAUAAUGCCAGGCCAUUUUUUAUGGCUUUGUGGCAGUUAUUCCCAUUUUCCUCCUAUUAAUCUGUAUAAAUAAAUGCUUGUUGGAUAAGAUAAGAUUGGUAUAUGUACCUAAUCAACAAUCUGACUUUGAUAUAUAUCAGUUUAUACACGCACGCACACGCACACGCACACGCACACAUACAUAUAUAUAUACAAGUAUGUUCUACAUGUUUAUUACAUAUAUAUUCUGUGUGUGUGUGUGUGUGUGUGUGUGUGUGUGUGUGUGUGUGUGUGUGUGUGUGUGUGUGUGUGUGUGUGUGUGUGUGUGUGUGAGUGAGUGUGUGUGAGUGUGUGUGUGUGUGUGUGUGUGUGUGUGAGUGUGUGUGAGUGUGUGUGUGUGUGUGUGUGUGUGUGUGUGUGUGUGUGUGUGUGUGUGUGUGUGUGUGUGUGUGUGUGUGUCCGUGUGUGUCUGAAAAACUGCCUUCAAUUUUUCAGUCUUAAAUAUAAAUCUUAUAUCAGUUCCUUAUCUCAAAAAAUAUAUUUAUAUGUACAUAUAACAAUAAAAUAAGCACUAGUAAACA